UUUUGUUUGGACCGCUGAGUCUUUACACAGUUGCUUCAAUUCCCCUAGUUAACAACCGUUUUUUAUCUGCAUUUAUUUCGGUGUCUUUUAUGAAUAAUCAAAAGCAGCAAAAGCCAACGCUAACCGGCCAGCGUUUCAAAACGAGGAAAAGAGAUGAAAAGGAGAGGUUUGACCCAACUCAGUUUCAAGAAAGUAUUGUACAAGGCUUGAAUCAAACUGGCACUGAUUUGGAAGCAGUUGCAAAAUUCCUUGAUGCUUCUGGCGCCAAACUCGAUUACCGCCGGUAUGCAGAGACACUUUUUGACAUCCUUGUGGCUGGCGGGAUGCUUGCCCCAGGCGGGACUCUGUCUGAUGACAUGACCCGCACUGAGUUCUGCCUCUUCACGGCACAAGAAGAUCUAGAGACAAUGCAAGCAUAUGCUCAGGUUUUUAACAAACUAAUAAGGCGUUACAAGUACCUGGAGAAGGGUUUUGAAGAGGAGAUCAAAAAAUUGUUGCUGUUUCUGAAGGGUUUCACUGAGUCUGAGCGCAACAAGCUCGCCAUGCUGACUGGCAUCCUGUUGGCCAAUGGCAGCAUAUCUGCCUCCAUCCUGAGCAGCCUCUUCAAUGAGAACCUUGUCAAAGAGGGAGUCUCUGCAGCAUUUGCUGUCAAGCUGUUCAAAUCGUGGAUCAAUGAGAAGGACAUCAACUCAGUUGCUGCUAGUCUCCGCAAAGUUGGGAUGGACAACAGGCUUAUGGAACUCUUUCCUGCCAACAAACGGAGUUGUGAGCAUUUUUCUAAGUACUUUACCGAUGCUGGGCUAAAGGAGCUGUCCGACUUUGCUCGCAACCAGCAAUCGAUUGGUGCCCGGAAGGAGCUGCAGAAAGAGCUCCAAGAGAUGAUGUCUCACGGCGACCCUCUGAAGGAGAUCAUUGCUUUCACCAGAGAGGAGAUGAAAAAGGCCAGCCUUUCUGAACAGGCCAUGAUCAGCAUCAUCUGGACCAGUGUGAUGUACUCCGUUGAGUGGAACAAGAAGGAAGAGCUGGUUACUGAACAAGCCAUCAAACACUUGAAG